UGGGAGAAACAGACGACAAAUUGGGAGAAGAUAUCGGUUGCUUGUGAAGAUAGCAACAUUUGAAAGUCCAUGACUGAUACAAACCUGCAAUUCCCGCGGAAAAUCUUCAUACUGUAUAUAACCAGAAAAAAAGAUAUUGAUAUACGCGCGUAUGCGAUCAAGGCGUACGCAAUGUGCGAGCAAUAGAUCUGACGUAUGUACUUGUUUGUAAGAUGGGGUUAGCUGAAUAAUUAUCGAGAAAUGCAAAUGCCAAUUGCUUCGGUCGGACGGACGGAAACAGCGAGAUAUCGAGUAAACAGAUGAAAAUGUACUGGACGGAGUAUUGAGGGAAUUUCGAACAGUAUGGAGGAUCUAAAAUGCAAAUUUUUUGGCUUGAUCAACAAGCAGAACGCAGCGAAAAUCCCGUUGAUGGGUUUGCAUCCGGAUUUACUUAAUCCAGAAUCGCAGAAAUCGGAGGACGUGCAAUCAGAAGCUGAUCAGUCAACAGAGAGCGAACCUAUCCCUGAUCAAGAUAUAUUGGAAUCUAUAGAAGGAAUUUAUUUCAAGACGGACCAUAAUUUCGACGCUGGUAAACACGAGUUAGAGAAAUUGCCGAAGAUACUGCAAUCUAAGGAAAUUGAGAAAUGCUACAAGAAACUAAAGCAACAGCAUCAGGUCGUAUCGAAGAAAGUGCUGCAACUUAUCUUGCAGAAGCAGAAUGCCUGCAACGUGGAGUUCGACAAGAUUUUACUGAUACAAGAAGAAUUGCAAGACAUGUUGGAGAUAUGCAGAAUGGGGAGAGCGGAUUUGAAACUGGCUGAAAGGCAAUUUACCACGGCUAGUUUGGGAAUAUUGGCGAAUUAUAAGAAGAGACAGAUCAUAGAAGAAUUAUUGAAUAACUUGAAUACUAUAAAAACAUUGCAACGUACAGGGGACAGGUUACAAGAGUUGUUGAACGAAAAGAAUUAUCCCAGAGCAAUUUCGUUACUCUUAGAAUGUCAGAGUGCUGCGCAAACGUAUAAACACUUUCAUUGUAUUGCCGCUUUAAAUGGAAAGUUACAGGAUAUUUUGGAACAAGCGGAGGAAGCCCUAGACGUUACAUUGUCAAAGAUGUGCACACAAUUUGACGUAACAACGUACACAUCCAUUCAGGAAGCUUAUACUCUAUUAGGAAAAACUCAGUCCGCAAUGGAUCAAUUGCAUAUGCAUUUUACCGCUGCGAUUCACAACACUGCUUUCGCCGCUGUUCAUUCAUAUGCGGGUGGAGAUACUAAAAGACAAUAUAAACAACUUUGUCAGUCAGUUCCCCGUGAAAGUUGCGUUACUUGUCUAACAGAAUUGUGUAAAUCGUUGUGGACAAUAUUAAGCUCUUAUUAUUUGGUAGUAAACUGGCAUAAUACCCAAGAAAACAAAGUUAAGUUCAAAGCCGAUGUGAAAGAUCUGGAGGAAACUUUCAGCAAGCAAUACGUAAAGCAUAAAUUAGAGAAUAGUAUGAUACGUGUAUGGCAUGACGUUGAAAUGAAGAUAUCCAUAUUUUUAAUGAAUGCUGAUCUAACUUAUAUUAAAUUCGAACAGUUUGUUCAAGUUUUAGGUAUAGUUAACAGAUUAAUGGAAAUUGGAGAGGAGUUGUGUGGCUUUAAGUCAGAAAAUCUACAAGAAUCUAUAAGGAAACAAUCGUUAUUGUAUUUCUCUCAUUAUCACGCGUCAAGAUUAGACGAACUCAGAAUAUUUUUGGAGAACGACGGCUGGGAAUUGUGCCCUGUUAAAUCUAACUUCGUGGCAACUCAAUUGCAAGAAUUCAAGAGUUUAAAGCCAUCGCUGAACAAUUGCAAAGUGUGGAAUAAUUUUGAUAACUCUAACCUCGGUGAAAACGAUAGCCCCAUUAGUGUAGAGUGGAUUCAAAAGUAUUUAGAGGGGAGUGCGUCUCCGUUCUCUAUAGGUUUAGACGACACCAUGGACGAAGAUAUUUUGAUAAGUAAUGAUGAUAAUCCUCCAGCUUAUUUUUCUGAUGAAUCGGACGACGACAUCCCUGAUGAAUUGAAACACGAGUACGUUGACGAUUCGGAUCAUAUCAAAACGAAUAAAAAGAAGUGUAAAUUAAAGCAAUCAGGACCCAUGGUUACAAACACAACGCUAAGUAUAUUGCGUGUUUGUGGAAAGUAUCUACAGAUGUCUAGAUUGUUACGAUCAAUCGCGGUUACAGUUAUACAAAGUAUGAUACAGUUUUACGAGUUAUGUUUUUAUACGGUACAUUUGUUCUUCACGUCAGAUUUGCAAAUAAACAGCGAUUCCUUAUACAGUCCAAAACUGAAACUAUCUCUGGCAAGAAUCAAGGAGAACUUGAUCAUGUGCGAGAACGAUACAGAGGAUAAUAUUAAGUUAAAUUCCGAUAAAGUACGACAGCCACAGCUCUCUUCCAUUGUAAAUUUAUCACAGCCGGAAAAACUUCAUGGUUUAACCGAACGUAUCGUAGGAGUGGAAUCUUUGAUAUUUUUAGGUCGGCAAUACGAAAAUUUAAAACCGUACUUGGAACAUCUGAUCGGCGCCAGCCCGCAACGCGGUUUUCUUCAUCAAUUUUAUAUGCAAACGAUAGCGUCGACCGUAGACUUGAGGAAACCGGUAUACAUGGCCGUUGCGUCGCAAGCAUUCGACGUUGCAAAUAUAUUAAAUUUAAUGAACAAAGUUAAUUGGGAAGUGACCGAUGUCAUGUCUCAACAUAGUGGAUAUAUCGAUGCAUUGCUUCAGGAAAUAUGUAUUCUAAACGAAAGAUUGAAGAACAUUGGAAGUUGUCUCUCUUUAGCAAAUGACGUAUAUAACGCUGUUUGGGAGAAUGUGGCACAUCUAAUAACUCAUACAUUGGUAGAGGGAUUUUCCAAUACUAAAAAAUGUUCAAACGGAGGUAGAGCACUGAUGCAACUCGACUUCACACAAUUAAAGUCGAAGUUCGAAGCGUUGACUUCUUUGAGGCCAAUGCCUCACAGAGAAUACGUUGAGUUAUAUAUUAAAGCUUACUAUCUUCCAGAAAAUAGUUUAGAAGAGUGGAUAAGGGAACACAAGGAAUAUUCUGUCAAACAUUUAAUUGGUUUAGUUUCUUCGGCUUGUCAAAAUAAUAAGAAAACUCGGCAGCGUUUAAUUGCAUUCGUAGAAGAACAACGACCUAGUAGAUAGCAUAGGGCUAUACACUAUAAUACAUCUCAAGAUUAUAUCGAAAUAGGAAUUGCAUAAAAAAAAAAAGGAUGUUUAGAAACAAUUUAGAAAAAGAUGUAUUUUCUUCGUGUACAUACUCGGGGACUUUUACUAUAUCACUAAAGUAAGCAAGCCCACAUUUUUUCAUGACAUUUUCAUUUAUUCAGUGCACGUGUUAAAUCCAUUGAUAUGAACUUUUUAAAAACACAUGUUCGCAAACAUGUUUGUAAAAUUGAAGCAGUAUGUGAUAAAGUACGAAAUACUUUACUUACUUUUAUUGACGGUGAUGUACGUCAAUAAAGUAUAAGUAAUAUCGGUUCAAAGGAAUCUCAUAUCGGAAUUUAUAAUUUUAAUUCGAAUUCGUAGAGUAUUGUUAUUACAAAUAAUAAUUACAAACUUUUCACAUUGUAUCAAUAAUAUAUAUAUAUAUAUAUAAAGUUCAUCAUUCAGAUCUAUUACAGCGUUAGCAAGUAUUCUGAAUAAAAAGUAUCUACACUUUGAAUCUCGAAGAAAGAAUCUAACUCGUUACUGAAUCUGUUGAUAAAAGAAUUUCUGCUCGAUACGAGCUUUAUCUCAUUCAGUCACUAUAAAACAAAUAAGAUGUAAAUAAUUUUAUUUCAUAUUCGUUUUAUUUUCAUAGCUUUUUUUAUGAUAUAUAUAAUGCAACAUUUUUAAAACAUAUAUAUAUUAUUCCACAUGAAAAUUAUGAUCUUCAUAAAAUUGUGUUUUAAUAUUUUGCACACGACAUUAUGGACGCAGUCCAUUAUCCAAAAUAUUAAUUAAUUUGUUAUAAUAAUUAAUAAAUAAUUGAAUAAUUACUUUUUAUUUUCGAAAUUAAGUGCAGUUACAACUGUACUAUUCAAAAAUAUGAUAUUUUACAUUUUGAAAAAAUGCUCUUGUAAUUUAAAGGUGUCUUUAUUAUACAAAUAAUAAUAAUUAUUAUAAUAAUAAUAUACAAGUACAUUUUUUUCUGGAUUCAUCGGUUUCCAAUUUUGUAAAAAUUAUUGUUAUUUAUCUAUAUAGAAUUCAUUGUAGGAUUACGCUUAUCAUAUAUUUAUAUCGUUUAUACUUGUACUAAAAACCAAGAAAUUCUAUUGCACCUCUGACUUUUUUAUUCGUAUUUUAACGUUCAGCCUCAUUUCGAGGAACGUAUUACUUUUCGUUUUCGCUUAUUAACAUAUAAAUGAUUUAAAGAUUCAUGUAGAAUUGUUAAAUUACUUACACGACGUAAACUGCAUUUUCGCGUGACCAUUUCAAAAAAUAAAAAGAUAACUAGAAUAUUUUUUUACCAAAUGCAUAACACGACAAUAUGAUUAGAAAAAAAAAAAAAAAAAAAAAAAAAAAAAAAAAAAUGAUCCGUUUUAUCAAACAAAUCUGUAAUUAUGAGAUUGAUAAAAAAAAUGUUGGUGCACUGAGAAUUCUCUGGCUAAUAGUAUAAUGAUUCAGCGUUUCCCAAUUUUUUUUUUUUUUCUUUUUGUUUUCCUGGAUCGUGUUUGUUGAGUAAAAUUUGUCAUUGGUAAAAAGACAGUCGUGCUCUCUAAUCUAUCUGUCCUCUCAUGUGUAAGGGAUUGAAUCACGUGAUUGAAUUACGGCCUUGUCACAUGUGUGUGUAUAUAUUUUUUCAAACUUUUACAAAAUCCACGAAGAAAGAACACGAUCCACGGAUUGGUAAACGUUAAGAAACGCUGACAAACUGUAUCGAAGUAACCAAUUUCUUCCUUACUCCAAAGCGUUUUAUAUUGAGCCCUGCAUUCUGAAUGGCCCCUGUUGAAACAAAUUGUUGGAAAAUGUAGCUGAUACGCAUUGCUAAAAGUGUGAACUAAACAAAUAAAAAUAUAAUAUCGAAUGCUUACUUUGACAAUAAUAAGUCUACUUAACACUGCUAUUUGUUAAUAGCGUGUUAAAAAAAGAAAAAAAAAGAAAGAAAAAGAAAAACGUACGCCAUAAUUAAUUAUACGCAUACGCUUCGUUUCUUUUUUUUUUUUUUUUUAAUUUUUUUUUCUUUUUUUUUUAAGUUUAAAAUUAGUAUCGUCACUAUAAAUGCUUUUUUUAUCUCACAAAUGAACGAAGAAUGAAUAAAUACAUUACUGCUAAGUGAAACUCGCCUUAUUAUUAAAAAAAAAAUUAAAAAAAAAAUCACUAAAAAUAUCUGCUUCGAGCCGUGUAUAUAUAUUUAGGAUUCAUUUCGUUUCAAGCUUUGGACAUUUUACUAAUGAAACACGUACCCUAUGAUCAAUGAAAACUUGAACUUCAAUUCAACAGCGUGUAAGUGUGUAAUUCGUUCAAAUAAAGUUUAUUGCCAAAAUA